GCUGGCCGACGCCCUGGAAGAGGCGGCGGCGGGGCCGUCCGACCUGCAGCCGCGGGCGCUGGCGAGUGCCGCGUGGUCCCUGGCCACGCUCAGGGGGCGCGACGCGCCUCUGCUGCAGGCCAUCGCGGCGCCAUCGAUGCCCCGCAUGCCGCAGUUCGGCGCGCGCGACGUGGCCAACACGUCGUGGGCGUUCGCCACGCUGCCGCUGCACCACGGGCCGCUGCUUGCGGCCCUCUCGCAGGCCGGGCUGCGGACGCUCCCCGCGUUCGAACCGCGGCACCUGGCGAACACCGCGUGGUCGUUCGCGGCCCUGCUGCAGCCCGACGUGCCGCUGCUGCAGGCCAUCUCGCGGGAGGCUGCCCGCCGCAUCGGCAACGGCGGAGACCGGCAGCCCUUCAAGCCCCAGGAGCUGGCGAACACCGCGUGGGCGUUUGCCACCCUGCGGCUGCGGGACGCCCCGCUGCUGGACGCCGUCGCCUCCGCCACGGCCUCGGCCAUCCUCGAGCUGCGAGGCGCAGCACCUGGCGAGCACGGCCUGGGCCUACGCGGAGCUCGCCGUGUCCCACGCCCCGCUCGUGGCCGCGCUGGCCGCGCGGGCCGCCUGCGCGGUGGCGCAGUUCACGCCGCAGGAGGUCGGCAGCACGCUCUGGGCGCUCUCGCGGCUCCGCGGCACCGCGGCCGCGUGGGCCGUCUUCGAGCGCGCGGACCGGGGCCGCGGCGGCAUCGCCCGCCCGGCCACGCGCAGGGGUGGCUUUCCUGCAGCCGCGCGCCAAGAGGGGCGUACGGUGGAGGCGUUGGGAUUCCUUAGCUGAUGCGGG